AUGGGUGAGAUUUGUCCGAAAACUGAUCUAGAAAACUCAUCUAGCGUUUCUGCUGGGCCAUUCCAAGGCCCCGGAAAAGCUAGCUUUUUCGAAGUGACAUUGGAAGCAGAAGAUUCAGAAAAUGUGGAAACUCAAAUGUCGCUGUCACGAAAAUGGUUCGUAUCUAUGCUGGUCACACUAACCGCUGCAGACAUCACGAUGACUUCGAGUUGCUGGUCGUUGGCACAAGGCGAUAUCAGACGUAGGUUCCAUAAUAUGUCGGAAGAAGUCUCCGUGCUGGGACUCUCACUGUACCUCCUGGGCAUGGGUUGUGGGCCGCUGCUUCUGAGCCCGUUAAGCGAGCUGUACGGCAGAAAACUCACGUUUAUAGGCUCGCUUUCGAUCAGCACCUGCUUUCUGUUUCUCACGACCUGGGGCCGCAACAUCCCAGCUUUGCUCAUCGGUCGAUUUUUGUCGGGCUUCUUUGGCAGUUCGUUCAUGAGCGUCGCUGGCGGCGUCAUCAGCGACAUUUUCUCAAAGAAUCAAAUCGGGAUUCCCAUGACUAUAUACACCACGGCCACUUUCUUGGGGCCUGCACUCGGUCCCGUAAUCAGCGGUGCACUUUCAGGUGUUUCUUACCGAUGGACAUUUGUCGUCAUGAUCAUCGAGUCAGGCGUGUAUUUGAUUCUGCUGCUUUUAAUGUUCAAAGAGACCUACAAGCCGGUUUUAUUGGUGACAAAAGCUCGCAGGCUGCGCAAAGAAACUGGCGACGAUCGGUAUUUUGCACCUCUCGAAGUGAUUCGUCGCGAAUCUUCUCUCAUAAAAUCGAUCGGAUUGUCCAUUGGACGCCCUUUCAGCCUGCUGACUCGCGACCCGAUGAUGGGCGUACUCUGCUUCUACACUGGUCUCAUUCUGGCCAUCAUAUACAUGUUUUUCGUGGCAUUUCCCUACGUCUUCACCACAUUGUACCAUUUCAAUGACGUCGAAGUGGGCAUAACGUACCUGGGCAUUUUGGUCGGCAUUUUCCUGGCAGCUCCCACAAGCCUGCUUUUCCAAAAGAGGUACGAACAAAAGGUGCUGAAUAACAACGGCUUACAAGUGCCCGAAUUUCGAUUCGAGCCUUUGUUUUAUGGAGCGUUUUUGGCACCUAUGGGGCUCAUGAUAUUUGCCUGGACCAGCUAUAGCCAUGUAUAUUGGAUCGCGCCCAUCAUCGGCACCAGCGUUUUUGGGGCAGGCGUUUUCUUCAUUUUCACCGGAGUUUUUGGAUACACCGUCGAUGCUUUCCGAUUGUACACGGCUUCUGCGAUGGCGUGCAAUUCGUUUGUGAGAUCCAUGAUGGGCGGAACUUUUCCUUUGUUCACGCUGCAAAUGUAUCGCGGCAUGGGUAUCAACUGGGCUACUUUUCUGCUGGCGAUGAUCGCUAUGACUAUGAUUCCAGUGCCAUUUUUUUUUACCAAGUAUGGAGCUUACUUGAGAUCCAAAAGUCCCUAUGCGUGGGAUUAG